CUGAAUUUUGAAACACUUCUGAAGGAUUAAUCGUAAGUAAAAAAAACUUAAAAUAUGGGCUGUCCCUGCUGCUGCCAGACGUCCAGAUGUUGCGAGGUGCUCGCUGCAGGGCUCGUGGUUGCCGGCAUAGCUCGCUUGGUCUCACGGCCCUUCUUGGGAGACCUGGGUGACACAAAGCUGGAUGCUCUGGACAUCGCUGUCUGCAUCUUAGCCAUCAUUUUUGGACUCAUCUUGAAUUUCGGAAUCAGAUGGGAACUUCCUUCGCUGUUGAUACCGUUUUUGGUUGGCACGGUUCUCAUGAUGUUAACGACAGGCGCUUCUGCGAUACUCGUCGUGUUUCUGUACUUAUCUGACCCCCGCACGGGCUUCUUCUUGUCGAUGCUGCUGCUCGUGUUACUCAUAGGCUGCGCCAACGCGUACAUCGCCGUCAGAACCCACUACAGUGACUUACAGGAGCAAAUUGCCGAGAAAGAGGAAAUGUACAAGAAAGAAGAUGCUGAAUAGAAAAUACUUCAACUACGCUUCUGCAGGACCUUCGAAUGUCUGUGGUGAACUAUCCAAACAUACACAGUUCACAUGAGAGUUAAUUUCCGUAAAUAUUCAAACACACACAGGAAGUAGUUCUGGCAGCGCAUGCUGAACCCAUAGGUAGUUUACAGGCUUCAGUCAACCUCAGGCAUUCAUGGUGUUUUUUAAGGCAUUUGUAGUUAAAUAAUAGAAGUGUUUUCCGCAGAGUUCGGUCAAAGCUAAAAGUUUGCCUAACGGAAACGUACUUCGACGAGUUACUACGUAAAUUAUGUGCAAUAUGAUACUGACUACAGUUUGCACACAUGCCGAGUGCUUAAAUUGCAAUUUUCGUAAGACGUGAAGUGACAGAUUAGGUGUUCGAUGGACAGGUGUUGCACAAACAAUGCCGGGAAAUGAAGUUUUUAAUCAAUCACGGGCAAAUUUUGAGAAUACAGGCAAAACUGCAGUAUAGUGAGUAUACAGCUGUAUAAAAUUUUGUACGUAUGAAAGCUGUCCACUAAAUUUGAACUUUUUCAUAGAGAAUUAAGGAAAUCACAUGAGAUAAUUGAUAAGGAUGUAAGUCAUCGACUCCUUGUGAAUUCUGCCGCGGCAAUCGUCCUUACCAAGUUACCACUACUAGCGAGAUUAGUGCGCGUUCAACCUGUGCUGAGUGAGGUUGUCGAGUAAGUGUUCUCUGUCUUCUCAGCAACAGGUAUUGUGAAGACCGCAACAGGUGGGAGGAGGAAGCUAGAUUGAACUCAGGCUGAAAAAAGUCAGACUUUUGAUCCCGCCAUGAGUGAGAAAUCAAUAUACUUCAGAAUUCAAUAUGGCUGUUCGUUACACUGUAAAUACUACAGCUGAACUUGAAACUUAUUUGCUAAAUCCUAUAAAUAUUUCGAACUAUUAAACUCAAAGUAUCACUGAAAACAUCUGUGUUCCACCGGGCAAAGUUGUA